AUGGGUUCUCGAAUCGAAGAGGAUUUUGUGCCGGCGCUUUUGGUGGUUGAUUUUCAGGAAGAUUUUUGUCCGCCGAAUGGAUCAUUGGCUGUGCAGGGCGGUCGGGAUAUCGCACCCAUCGUGAACGCAUUGUUAGCGCUACCGUUCGCCUUAAAGGUCGCUACGAAGGAUUGGCAUCCAAGGAAUCAUGUCUCCUUCGCCUCGAAUCAUCCACCGCCCGAUAACGUCCCGUUCGUAUCGAAUACUACAGUUUUCCACCCCGAUGGUUCGGAUACCGGUAGGCACUACACGACGCUCUUAUGGCCAGAUCACUGUGUGCAGAACACCCCUGGGGCAGAAUUGGUUCCGGAGAUAGACAUCUCCCGCAUCGACGCAGUGAUAGAAAAGGGCCAGGACGCUCGGGUGGAGAUGUACUCUGCCUUCACUGAUCCAUUCCACCUACCACCGUUCACGCCGGAGUCUACGAGUGUGUCUACUUCGGGCUUGCCUAAGAUGCUGCACGAGAAGGGCAUUACGGAUGUGUUUGUUGUAGGGCUUGCACAAGAUUUUUGUGUCAGGGCGAGUGCCAUUGAUGCGGCUAGGUUUGGGUAUAGGACGUUUGUCGUGCGUGAAGGGACGAGGGCAGUUGUGCCGGGAACUGGAUGGGAGAAGGCUGAGGAGGAGAUGGCCGUUGCUGGGGUGAAGAUUGUUGGGAUUGAAGGGAAGGAGGUUGAGAGGGUUAAGGGGCGCGGGAAGGAGGGGAUUGAAUGA